GCCAUGGCCAAAGCAGCGAUCCAGACAGCCGCAAAGUCCCUCAAUGGCAUGACCCUGGGGAGUGGCCUGGCCAUCGGCGGGCUGGCGCUUGGGCUUGGGGGCUGGCAAUUGGGCAGUGCGAUCGACAAGGCGACCGAUCAUAGUUAUAGAGCGCUGCUCGCUGCCGAGCACUGGGGCGCGCGCAUUGAUAAAAUCGAUGUCAAGGAGUGGGGCCGCCGCGCGGACGACGCCGCGCAAGCGUGGAAGGGCGCGGGCGUGGAACUGCAGCGCCAGAGCGAGUUGUGGCGGGAGACCACGGCUGCCGCGGCCGAGGCGUCGGCGCACGUCGUCGCGCACUCCAAUUUGUUAUUAGCCCUGGAGCGGACCGAAGGUGCCGAGGAGCGCGUCGCCGCGCAUCCUCGCCUCGUCUCGGAACUGGCAUUGGCGGCGGGCGCCAUCGAGGACCCGUCCGCGGUGCGGUCGCUCACCGCCGUGGCGCGGACGUUGGCAAGACGGGACUAA